GCGCUCGCGGCUCCGCCCCCUGCCGGCGGCGGCGCGGGGCGGGAGGACCCGCGGGCGGGCGGCGGGUGGCGCGGGAGGCUGGCGGAGGGAGCAAGGCCGGCCGAAGCGUGUGCGCCGCCCGCGGUCCGGUCACGUCCCCGCGCGAGCGCCACCACCCGCGUAGUGCGGAACGAGGGCGCCGCGGCUCCGCGCUCGCUGCCCCGCCCCGCCCCACCCGAAGCAGCUAGGCAGAUGCACUGUGCGGCAGCUGAGAGGUAAAGGGCCGGAUGCGCUGCUGGGAACCGGAGCAGCCUGAGGCAGGGGGGCCACAGGGAGUGCAGGGCCCUCCAGCCGAGCUUAGCAGCAUCGCCACAGCAACCAGCAACCAGACGGCAGCAGACUAGGCAGACGCAAGCAGACGGCUUCCCACCGUGGCCGAGGACAGGGAAUGACUACGGCAAAUCAGGCCACGCUGCUGACAAGGGAGGUGGAGUGUCACUAGAGGAGAGGUGCGGCCACCGCCCCGCUGCUACGAGCGCCAUGCCAGCUGGAAAGGAGGCACUGGGGCAGGGGCUGCAGUGUGACAUGGCCUGGCCCCACAGCAAGUGCUAAACUUCCCAGGGUAGCUGACUCUUGUCUGCUGGGUGCAUCAGCCCACGUCUCACAUUCCUCACUGCAGCCAUCCCUACUUGGUGGCAAGAGGGAGAGGCACCUAUCCCGUGCCCCACGUCUGGGCCUUCUGCUGCCGGACCAUGGGAUGUCGGCAAAGCUCAGAGGAAAAAGAGGCGGCGCGGCGGUCCCGGAGAAUCGACCGCCACCUGCGCUCAGAGAGCCAGAGGCAGCGCCGUGAAAUCAAGCUGCUCCUGCUGGGUACCAGCAACUCAGGCAAGAGCACCAUCGUUAAGCAGAUGAAGAUCAUCCACAGCGGCGGCUUCAACCUGGAGGCCUGCAAGGAGUAUAAGCCCCUCAUCAUCUACAACGCCAUUGACUCACUGACCCGCAUCAUCCGGGCCCUGGCUGCCCUCAAGAUAGACUUCCACAAUCCUGACCGUGCUUAUGAUGCUGUGCAGCUGUUUGCACUGACAGGCCCCGCAGAGAGCAAGGGUGAGAUCACACCUGAGCUGCUGGGUGUCAUGCGGCGGCUGUGGGCUGAUCCUGGGGCACAGGCCUGCUUUGGCCGCUCUAGUGAGUACCACCUGGAGGACAAUGCAGCCUACUACCUGAAUGACCUGGAGCGCAUUGCUGCACCUGACUAUAUUCCCACUGUUGAGGACAUCCUACGUUCCCGGGACAUGACCACAGGCAUCGUAGAGAACAAGUUCACCUUCAAGGAGCUCACAUUCAAGAUGGUAGAUGUGGGCGGACAGAGGUCAGAGCGCAAAAAAUGGAUCCACUGUUUCGAGGGUGUCACUGCCAUCAUCUUCUGUGUGGAGCUUAGUGGCUAUGACCUGAAGCUCUAUGAGGAUAACCAGACGAGUCGAAUGGCAGAGAGCCUGCGCCUUUUUGACUCCAUCUGCAACAACAACUGGUUCAUCAACACCUCACUUAUCCUCUUCCUGAACAAGAAGGACCUGCUGUCGGAGAAGAUCCGGCGCAUCCCGCUCACCAUCUGCUUCCCUGAAUACAAGGGCCAGAACACGUAUGAGGAGGCCGCCGUCUAUAUCCAGCGGCAGUUCGAGGACCUGAACCGCAACAAGGAGACCAAGGAAAUCUACUCCCACUUCACCUGUGCCACUGACACCAGUAACAUCCAGUUUGUCUUUGAUGCAGUGACAGAUGUCAUUAUACAGAACAAUCUUAAGUACAUUGGCCUUUGCUGAGGAGCCAGGCCCAGCCUGCUUGCUUGUGGUAAAACCCAUGGGGUAUCACACCCCUACUCGUGCUAGAGAGGCCCAACCCAGGGGCAGAAAAUGGGGGGCCUGAAGAAUGUCCCCCCACCCCCCUCAGCUGCCACCUCCUUGGCCCCACAUUUCUGCAAACAUAAAUAUAUAUGGAUAGAUUGCUAGGUAGUUAGACACGUGUGCACAUGCGCGCGUGCACACACACACACACACACACACACACACACACACGCAUACCUGGAGAUGGCAAAGUUCUCCAGAGCACUGAGGUCUCAUCAAGAUUUGAGGAGCUGCUGUCACAAGUUCAUUAUAGACCAUCCUGCCCCUUCACUCUACCUUCCUGAGCUGGCCCCACUCUGCACGGAGGUCUGCAUCCAACAGCUGGGGAAAGACAGCAGGGCUGUGAUCAGGUUAUACCAACUGUGUCCCUGUUGCCUAGAGGAAGGCCAGCUCAUCACCUGAGUUCUCGACUGAGGACCUUGCCAAUGACAAGGAGUGAGGACCAGAGCAGGGACUGUAGGCCAUCCUGCUGGCCACACCCUACACACAGCUGCUCUGAACCCCAUUUGUCCUGGACCUGGGACCUGAGGAGCCAGGUGUCAGCACUAAUCAGACCUUCAGCCAUUCAUGGCUCUUUUUAAACAGCUUCAAAAUAUGCAACAAAAAUCAACACAAUAAAACAAGUGGCACGAUUUACUUCAAAUUAGACCAGCUGGGAUUCCAGUUUUUCUUCUACUGGUCUGAUGUUUUAUAAAUUGAAACCUGUUUUUUUUUUUUCUCUCUGACACACCUUUUUCCCCCCUUUCGCCAAAUCUCGUGGUGUUUCGCAGGAAAACAAAAAAUAUACAGAAAAUUUCAGA